UCGAAGCUCUCCGCGCCCCUCCUUCACCCCAGUUUCUUUUAGAGGCCAGGCCCCGCCCGUUUCCCGCCUCCUGGGCCCGGUUCGUUCCCGAUUCAGCCCGCCCCUCUCUGCGCCCCUGCUGCCUCUGCUGCAGGCGGAGGCUCCAUGUUGUCCCCUCAGCGAGUGGUAGCGGCUGCCUCGGGAGGAGCAGGUGAUGCCAUGGAGAGUGGAAAACCUGGUCCAGUGCAGGUUGUUUUGGUUCAGAAAGACCAGCAUUCCUAUGAGCUAGAAGAGAAAGCCUUGGCCAGCAUUCUCUUGCAGGACCACAUCCGAGACCUUGAUGUGGUGGUGGUAUCAGUGGCUGGUGCCUUCCGAAAGGGCAAGUCCUUCUUCUUGGACUUUAUGCUACGAUACUUAUAUUUCCAGAAGGAAGGUGGCCGUUCAAAUUGGUUGGGUGACUCAGAAGAACCAUUAACAGGAUUUUCAUGGAGAGGGGGCUCUGACCCAGAAACAACAGGGAUUCAGAUCUGGAGUGAAGUUUUUACUGUGGAGAAGCCAGGUGGGAAGAAGGUUGCAGUUGUUCUGAUGGAUACCCAGGGGGCAUUUGACAGCCAGUCCACUGUGAAAGAUUGUGCCACCAUCUUUGCUCUGAGCACCAUGACUAGUUCUGUUCAGAUUUAUAAUUUGUCCCAGAACAUUCAGGAAGAUGAUCUUCAACAGCUACAGCUCUUCACAGAAUAUGGUCGUCUGGCAAUGGAUGAAAUUUUCCAAAAACCCUUCCAGACUCUAAUGUUUCUGGUUCGAGACUGGAGUUUCCCUUAUGAAUACAACUAUGGACUACAGGGAGGAAUGUCCUUUUUGGAUAAGCGUCUACAGGUAAAAGAACAUCAACAUGAAGAAAUUCAGAAUGUCCGAAAUCACAUUCACUCAUGUUUCUCCAAUGUCACCUGCUUUCUCCUACCACAUCCAGGACUCCAGGUGGCCACAAGCCCUGACUUUGAUGGGAAAUUGAAAGAUAUUGCCAGUGAAUUCAAAGAGCAGCUUCAGACCCUGAUACCAUUUGUAUUAAACCCAGCUAACUUAAUGGAGAAGGAGAUCAAUGGCUCCAAAGUCACCUGUCGGGGGCUACUAGAAUAUUUUAAGGCAUAUAUUAAAAUUUAUCAAGGAGAAGAUCUGCCUCAUCCCAAAUCCAUGCUUCAGGCCACCGCUGAAGCUAACAAUUUAGCAGCUGCAGCCUCCGCCAAAGACAUUUAUUACAACAACAUGGAAGAGGUUUGUGGGGGAGAGAAACCUUAUUUGUCCCCAGACAUUCUAGAGGAGAAGCACGGUGAAUUCAAACAGCUUGCUCUGGACCAUUUUAAGAAAACCAAGAAGAUGGGUGGGAAGGAUUUUAGCCUUCGUUACCAGCAGGAACUAGAGGAGGAGAUCAGGGAGCUUUAUGAGAACUUCUGCAAGCACAAUGGCAGCAAGAAUGUCUUCAGCACCUUCCGAACCCCAGCAGUGCUUUUUACAGGCAUUGUGAUCUUGUACAUAGCCUCAGGCCUCACUGGCUUUGUUGGUCUUGAGAUUGUGGCCCAGCUGUUCAAUUGUAUGGUUGGACUGCUGUUAAUAGCACUUCUUACUUGGGGAUACAUCAGGUAUUCUGGUCAAUAUCGUGAGCUGGGUGGAGCAAUUGAUUCUGGUGCAGCGUAUGUACUAGAGCAGGCUACUUCUCAUAUGGGUAAUUCCACUCAGGCCGCUGUGAGGGAUGCAGUUGUUGGGAGGCCACCUGUGGAUAAAAAAGCUCAGUAGCAUCUUGACAAGAGGAUUCAAUGAGAACGCAGUCAGCCCCUCCUGAUUGCUGGGUUUCUGCCACGGCCACAGGUCCAGAGGAACGCAGGUCUGGGAUCACCCAGGAAGAGCUGAAACUCAGCAGUAAUAAAUUAAUAGACCUUUCCCAUGGCUUCAAAUUCUUAAACAUUUCUGUUGGAAGCAUUUCUUUUCCUUGCUGAUAUAGAUCCAAGCCUGUGUCUGUUUUCUUAUUACUCUCUGCUUUGUGCACUUUAUGGGGGAGAAAGCUAAAGGAAAAAAAAUGCAAAUAUGGUUUUAAAUCCUGCAUGUGUCACUUAGUGCCUUUUAAGAUUGAAUCCAGGCUUUUGAGGACAAGGAUAGCCUCAUGAAAGAUUGCUGUUUUGUGGUGAAACCUGUCAGUUUCUUUUAUACUGUUACCAUUUAAAAAUGUUUACGAAAGUUGCAAAAGCUUCAGAACAAAAAACUGAAAAUGAUACCAUUACACUGUUAUUUAAAGUCUUAAAGAAUCUUGCUUGCCAUAUAGUGUGGAAAAACCACAUCCUGUUUAAAUCCAACAUACACUGAAAUUUAUGGUCUUUUACUGACAGGCUAGCAGUUUUGUUGGAGCAAACUCUUAUUUUUACUUUCAUUCCUAUAGCUUCUUUUUAGAAAAGAGGCCAACAUGCCUUGAAAAGCCAGAGUGGCUCAUAAUGAAAGGAGUGAGCUCGAUACUUUAAAACAAAACAAAACAACCCUGAGUUUGAUGAACCAUGUGACAUCUGAUAAGUCAUUUGAACUUGUGCCUUGGUCAGAUUCACUGUUUGCAGGUUUAUAUUCACAUAUGUAUUAUAUAUAACUCAUGGUUGUUACUUGUGAGGUCUAGUUUUCAAGAGUUCUGCGUUAAGAAGAAAACUUUAUUAAGGAUUAAAGGAAAGACAUUAUUACCAAACAUUAUUGUCUUUAGUUGUCCUGUUUCAUGUGGCCUAGGCAGUAAGUAAAUCAGGUCUUUAUCCAAAACAUUUAUUUGCAUUCUCCUAUGCACAAAUAUUUUUAAUAAUAAAGCUAAAAUUGUCAGUUUUGUUUAGUGAGUCUUCCUUUAUUAACUUCACUUGACUAAUCUGGAAACUUUAAAAUAGCUUUGGCUUAGUGAGGACCAAAGUCCCACCCAAAUAUGGAUAGUAUCUAGAAGUAUCUAAGUAAUCUUUUUUGUUACCUUGAUUGGGUGAAAAAACAUUUUAUCUGUUAGUUGCCUUUUCCUUUGAUUUAUAAUAUAAUGGUGAAUUUAAAGAUUUUUAAACUUUUAAGAGAUUGCCUUGUAAGUAUUUAUGUAAGCAUUCAGGUAUGAGAAUAUUAAUUCUUAAGGUAAUUUUUGUUGUGGAAGGGAGAUAGGAAGGCUUAGGCAAAACCCAAGUGUUGAUUCUAUGUAUAUGAAGUCUAAGUGGAAAGCAGAAAAAAGAAGCAUGUAGUCUCUGUAUCAAAGAAUUUUCUUUUUAUUACUUUAACAUUUCACAACAGAAGUAUUUCUGUAAGUCUGAAUUAAUUCCAAGCAUUUUAUAUUUUUUUUAUAUCUAUAUACCAUCUUGCCCUGAAAUUCUUGCUAUUUUAUUCAUUUGCCAUUACAUUUUAGGAAAAUUCCUAAAAACUGUUUACUUGGAUAACAGUGAUGCUCCGUUUGACUGUUAAAUUGAAAGCUUCUCUUUGAAAUUUUGGUGCAUUUUCAGGUGGCCUCUCAUCCUCUUGCAUGUUUAUACUUAUUAGCUAAAGGCUUUGCAGAUGUUGAGAUACUUGGCUUUUAAUACAUUGUAGAAGCACAUUUAUAGAUUUCAGAAUAAUUGUCUAGAGUGAUGAUGCCUUUAAAAGGUGAGAAAAAGAUGAUCUAAAACUUAUUUUAAUACUAAAGUAUUAGAAUUUUUAAAGUAAAACAACAUGUGAAAGUGUAUAACUUAGUGAAAUCUUAGUAUUUAAUUACUGUUUAAAUUCACCAUUUCUGUUUUGAUCUUAAAGAAAUAUUUUGGUUUAAUUGUCCUGGGGAAGCCUUAUUAUUUUUGUCUUUAUUAGUUAACUUAUUCUGCCUCUGGAAAGUGUUUAUAAAGCUUUCUCAGUGAAGAUCCUUAGUGAGUUUUCGUUGGCCUAUUUUCUUUAUUUUUACAGUAAAUUGGUAGUUUUAUAUCAAGUUUUUCAAUAAAAGAUGCAUUCUCAUUGCUGGCCUUAAAGAGUCCUGGGGAGAUUUAUAACCAGGUUGAAGAGAAUAUCUUUUACCUCUUAACUUCCCUCAGCCUUUAAUUCGUGGGUCAGAAACGGGUUCACGCUGAAAGUGUGUGCUUGUUGUAUGUUGCUCUGCCACUCCUGACCAGCCUUCUCAUGCAAGCAUUUAUGGUUUGCACAUUUCUAACGGUUAUAUGGGGGCAUAUUCCUAUUAACGUAUAAGAGGAGGUUCUCAGAAUUUCUAUGAAAAGUAUUCAUUUCAGGAAAAAAAAUGUUUUCUUAAAUCCAGUUAGCUUUUUAUAGUAAAAAUAAUAGAAUAAAAAUUUCAGUUCUUUCAUGAGUAAUUUUUCUAGAUUGGUUUGUGGAUAAAAUGAGGGCAGAUGAUCAUGACUGAUGAUCAGCAUCUUCAAAGUCAUAUCCUAUUUUAGCAAUAUACCAAGAAGUCCAUUCCAUGGAGGUUUGUGUAUUAAUACCUACUUUGUACGUGGUAGAAUGCUUAUGGAAUAUUGUUUUGCUUUAUCUGCUUUCUCUUUUCUCUGUAACAUGAAGUGAAAGGCUUUAGGCAAACAAACUGCCUUGUUACUGGCAGUGUGUUCUUAGCAGGUCAUAUCCAGUAUUCUACCUAACUUAUAAAAGUGGUGUUUUGGAUAGUGUAAGUUUGGAUGGGUGUUUAUGUAUUAUGGGCAGAUUACAGAUAAGUAGGUUGACUUAAGCCCAGGCAAAAGUGACCAAAAAAAAAAUUAUUUUUUCCUUUCUUUUUCUCUUUUUUUAAUGAUUUAUAUGGAAGUCCUCAUAGGACUUCCUCCCCCACCCCACAUAGAACUAUUUAAAUGUAAUUUAGGAUGAUUUAGGAUGGCUCCCAUCCAAGGUAGCCAGUGUGGGCUACAUCUUUCUGGCUUACAUUUAGAUCUGACAAAAAUUUUUUUUUUUUUUAGAUAGAUCUGACAAAAUUUUUUUUUUAAAUUUUUUUUUUUUUUUAAUUUAUGAUAGUCACAGAGAGAGAGAGAGAGAGAGGCAGAGACACAGGCAGAGGGAGAAGCAAGCUCCAUGCACCGGGAGCCCGACGUGGGAUUCGAUCCCGGGUCUCCAGGAUCGCGCCCUGGGCCAAAGGCAGGUGCCAAACCGCUGCGCCACCCAGGGAUCCCAGAUCUGACAAAAUUUUAAUCAAGGAAUAGGGCAUAAUGAAGACAAACUUCAGUCAUGAAAGUACAAAUGAUUUGUGUAACUGCUUUUUUAAAUGACAUUAAGCCCAUUGUAAGGGACCAUUUACUGUGAUAGAAUAGUUUUCCUUCUGUCCUUUUAUAGUUUUGGGUAGUGGCUUUCAUCUACUUUGGAGUACCUCAGACUUACUUGGGAGGUUUGUUUAAAGCCAUUCAGACUCCUGUAACUUCUGUCAGGGAUUGCCUCAGCGGGUCUGGGUUGUGGCCCUGGAAUCACCACUUUGAUAGGCAGUAGUGCAGGUAGCUCAGGGACCAGUGAGAUAGACUGCCCUGUGGGAUGGCAAACUGCAAUUCACUAUUGUUUGGAGGCAAGUGGACAGAUGGACAGCUUCUACCUGAGGCUCAGAAUAGGUGCUCUGCUACUGGAGACUGUAUGACUGGGAGUUCAUGUGUUCAGAGUAAUAAGGGCAAUGUCUUUCAUCUAGAGGAUUAGCUAAGCUCAUUAAAGCUGUUUUUCUAAAUUACAAUAACAUAGUGCCUUCUCUGGAAAAAGAAUGUUCAAGUGUCCUGUUUACUAACAAGUGUAAUUAGGAUUUUAAAAACCCACCCUUUGAAAGUUUUUCUUUUAAAAAGCAAAGUUCAGCACUGUGACUUGAACCCCUCCCAUCUUUUUGUGCACAGAAAACCUUAAGCCAUAAAUAAAAAUAAUAACAAAAAGGAUGGAGAAGAUAACUUUGAAAAUUAGGGACAGAGAUACCCCACAACAGGAACUUUUCAAAACAGGUCUAAAAGCAGAAAGAUUUCAAAAGCAAUUUUCUUCCUUGAAAGGAAUUUAAUGAGCCAGAACUAAAAUUUAAAUGUAGUGCUCUUAUAACCAAGGAAACAUUGCAAUUGAUUCCUGAAGCUUUCUAAUUUAGAUGGCUAAAUGCUGCCAUGGACUUAAGCCUUAAAGGGGGGGCCAGUAUUAAUCCUGAGCAUUAACAAGUUUUCUUUUUCUUUUCUUUAAAAAAUUAUUUGUUGAAAAUUCUUUCUCCUAGACCCCUGCCUUUGAACGGCUUUAAAACUUAAUACACUUUUUAAAAAGUGCAAUGGGAUGAGAUUAUACUAUUUUAUUAAAAGCAUGUCUUCUGUUUCUUAGUUGUGAGGUCAUUUAAUUGAAUAAAGAUCAUAGCACCAUG